AUGCGCGAUGGAACUGCCUCAGCACUGCAAGAAGCUGAUGUUUUCUUGGCUUCACAGUCCAAUUCGGUACCACGAGAUAUUCGAAUAGCUCAAGUCGUAGACUCUCUCCGAAAUGUUGCCGCGAAAGCGCAACAGCCGCUGAAGGCACUUCUUGACCAAAAAACCAGGACUACCAAAACGUUUUCGUCCUCAACAACGCUGUGGAUCUCGAAUCAAAUGUAUAUAACCGACGCUACCAUCGAGUUGUUGCAGCAAUUGAAAGUCGAAUCGUCAAUUGCAGAAAUUCACGAGCAGUUUGUCCUGACAAUGGGAGAUCACUUCCAUGCGGAACAUUUGGAUGCAAACGCUGAGUCUGGAACGAACAUCCAGACGUGGAGUGUCGAGAAAAUUGGUGCAGAGGCUGUGUGGGCGCAAGGCUUUAUGGGCUUGAAUGUCACCAUCGCAACGAUCGAUACUGGCGCUCGUGCAACACACGAGGUGUUACGAUCAAACUUUCGAGGUGAUUACGGGUGGUUUGAUCCGGAAACCAAAAGUGCGACUCCGUUUGACUUGUCAGGCCAUGGAACGCAUGUAUUAGGUUCAAUUGUUGGUACGACAGGCAUUGGAGUAGCACCAAGGGCAGAAUGGAUCGCUUGUCGAGGCUGCCGAAGCUUUACGUCGUGUCUAGAAUCAAGUUUGCUCGCUUGUGCCCAAUUUGUUCUAUGCCCAACGGAUCCAAAGGGCAUCAACGCAAAUUGCAGCAAAGCUCCUCGUAUCGUAAACAACAGUUGGGGGAUAUCUCGUGGGACUGCAAACUUCAGUGCAGUUAUUGCAGCGUGGCAAGCGGCUGGGAUCAUCCCAAUUUUUUCCAUAGGCAACGGGGGAUCGUUGAAAAUGUGCAGAACGCUGUACUCGCCUGGAAGUGAAAACAAUGUGAUUGGAGUGGGUGCAACCGACUCUGGAGAUUUUCUGUUUCCGAGAAGCUCUACAGGGCCGUCGCUUGAAAGUCGAAUUAAACCGGACAUUGUGGCUCCAGGAGUUGGAAUUUACUCAGCUUGGUGGACAAGAGACAAUGUCUACGCUAUCACGUCUGGAACAAGUAUGGCAUCACCACACGUUGCUGGAGCAGUCGCGCUGCUUCUGAGUGCAAAACCCGGGCUAACUUAUAGCCAGGUUUGGGCUACAUUGACUACAUCGACCGUUAGGGACGAAAGCAUCGUACACAAUGCCUCCUUUUACUUAUCCUGUGGCAACACUUCAGCCUCUACCUUUCCAAACAACAUCUUUGGCUACGGGAGGCUCGAUGUUUGGCAUGCGAUGGAGGUGAUUCUUUCGAGCAAAGAUGCCCACGAGUAA